CCGGGCCAGCCACCGGACAAAGGGCGGAGGAGGGGCUGGACCGCGCCGCGGAGUCCGAAAGAGGCCAUUUAGCGACUCUGGCCAGGCCAAGGGGAAUGCAGAGGAGACACAGAGCAGGCGGGCCAAGAGGACGAUCCGGCCGCAGCACGCAGGGCGGGCGGCGAUGGAGGCUGCCCGCGCCGUGCGCUUCCUACUCGUGGUGUGCGGCUGCCUCGCGCUCCCGCCGCGGGCCCAGCCGGUGUGCCCGGAGCGCUGCGACUGCCAGCACCCCCAGCACCUCCUGUGCACCAAUAGGGGGCUCCGCGCCGUGCCCAAGACCAGCUCGCUGCCGAGCCCCCAGGACGUGCUCACCUACAGCCUCGGCGGCAACUUCAUAACCAACAUCACGGCCUUCGACUUCCACCGUCUGGGCCAGCUCAGACGGCUGGACCUGCAGUACAACCAGAUCCGCUCUCUGCACCCCAAGACCUUUGAGAAGCUCUCCCGGCUGGAGGAACUCUACCUGGGGAACAACCUCCUGCAGGCGCUUGUCCCGGGCACGCUGGCCCCGCUGCGCAAGCUGCGCAUCCUCUAUGCCAAUGGAAACGAGAUCGGGCGCCUGAGCCGCGGCUCCUUUGAGGGCCUGGAGAGUCUGGUCAAGCUGCGGCUGGACGGGAACGCCCUGGGUGCGCUGCCGGACGCGGUCUUCGCCCCCUUGGGCAACUUGCUCUACCUACAUCUGGAGUCCAACCGGAUCCGCUUUCUGGGCAAGAACGCGUUUGCCCAGUUGGACAAACUGCGCUUCCUCAACCUCUCUGCCAACGAGCUGCAGCCCUCCCUGCGCCACGCAGCCACCUUCGCACCGCUGCGCUCCCUCUCCACGCUCAUCCUCUCGGCCAACAGCCUCCAGCACCUCGGGCCGCGUGUCUUCCAGCACCUGCCGCGUCUCGGCCUACUCUCACUCAGGGGCAACCAACUCACACACCUCGCGCCGGAGGCCUUUUGGGGGUUGGAGGCCCUGCGCGAGCUGCGCCUGGAGGGGAAUCGGCUGAGCCAACUGCCCGUAGCGCUGCUGCAGCCUCUGCACAGCCUGGAGGCGCUGGACCUUAGCGGGAACGCGCUGUCCGCUCUGCACCCCACUAUCUUUGGCCACCUGGGCCGGCUGCGCGAGCUCAGCCUGCGCGACAACGAGCUCAGCGCCCUCUCCGGGGACAUCUUCGCCGCCAGCCCGGCCCUCUACCGGCUGGAUCUAGACGGCAAUGGCUGGACCUGCGACUGCCGUCUGCGGGGCCUAAAGCGCUGGAUGGGCGACUGGCACUCGCAAGGCCGUCUUCUCACCGUGUUCGUGCAGUGUCGCCACCCGCCGACCCUGCGGGGCAAGUACCUGGAUUACCUGGAUGACCAGCAGCUGCAGAACGGAUCUUGUGCAGAUCUCUCGCCCUCAGUUUCCCCGACCGCCGAAGGCCCGCGGGCGCCCUUACCCACCGCCACUGGGGAGGAGGUGGCGCCCCCUGCAGGUAACCUCUCGGAGGAGCUGCCGCCGCAGCCGCAGUCGCAGCCACAGCCUCGCGGGCGAUUUCUGCCUGGAGUGGCCUGGGAUGGGGCCGCCAGAGAGCUCUUGGGCAACCGCAGCGCUCUGAAGCUGAGCCGACGGGGCCCUGGCCUCCAGCAGCCGGACCCCUCCGCUGCGGCUGCCGCGGGCCCUGCGCCACACCCCUUGGACCUGCUCCAGAAACCCGAGCGGGAACCUCUGACUCCGGCAGAUGCGGCCCACGCGAAGCCCACCCCGACGGCCGCGCCCGCCUCUGCGCCACCGCCCGCGGGCGACCCCUGGCAGCGCGCGGCGAAGCAGCGCCUGGCCGCGCAGCAGCAGGAAAGUACCGCCCAAUCCGACGGCGGAGUCGGCCUGCCGCCGCUGGUGUCCGACCCUUGCGACUUCAACAAGUUCAUCCUGUGCAACCUGACCGUGGAGGCGGUGGGCGCCGACAGCGCCUCGGUGCGCUGGGCUGUGCGCCAGCACCGCAGCCCACCACUGCUGGGCGGCGCGCGCUUCCGCCUGCUCUUCGACCGCUUUGGCCAGCAGCCCAAGUUCCACCGCUUCGUCUACCUGCCAGAGCGCAGCGACUCGGCCACGCUGCGCGAGCUGCGCGGAGACACCCCCUACCUGGUGUGCGUGGAGGGCGUCCUCGGGGGCCGGGUCUGCCCGGUGGCCCCCCGUGACCACUGCGCCGGGCUGGUCACCCUCCCGGAGCCUGGGAGCCGGAGCAGUGUUGACUACCAGCUGCUGACCUUGGUCUUGCUGGCCGUCAACGCGCUGCUGGUGCUCCUGGCACUGGCGGCCUGGGCGUCCCGCUGGCUGCGGAGGAAGCUGCGGGCUCGGCGGAAGGGUGGGGCCCCUGUGCACGUUCGACACAUGUACUCCACCCGACGUCCCCUGCGCUCCAUGGGCACCGGCGUGUCUGCGGACUUCUCUGGCUUCCAGUCGCACCGGCCGCGCACCACUGUGUGUGCUCUCAGCGAGGCGGACCUCAUCGAGUUCCCCUGCGACCGCUUCAUGGACAGCGGGGGCGGCGGCACAGGGGGUAGCUUGAGGCGGGAGGACCAUCUUCUGCAGCGAUUUGCUGACUAG